GUCCUUUGUAGCUGGCGGUGGCGGCGGCCUCGGUCACUGCAGGCCCCGCCCCCGCCCCGCCCAGACCCCGCCCCUCGUGGGCCACGCCCCAGUCCUUCCUCCCUCCCUCCCUGCCCCACCGCAGUCGCGCUUGGGCCGCCGCGGGCCCGCACCGAGGCGCGCAGCGCGGAGCCAGAGGUGGCAAGGGCUGCCCGGCGAGGACGGGGAUGGCGGAACGGCGGCGCGCGUGGAACACCGAGGACGACCUGCCGGUGUACCUGGCGCGGCCGGGCAGCGCAGCGCAGACCCCGCGCCAGAAGUACGGCGGCAUGUUCGCCGCUGUGGAGGGCGCCUACGAGAACAAGACCAUCGACUUCGACGCCUACAGCGUGGGCCGCCGCGGCUCCGCGCGCACGCCACGCAGCGCUGGCCGGUCCGACGCCGUGGGCCUGCCGUGCCCCGGCGGCAGCGAGGACACGGCCAGCGAUGUGAGUGAGCCCUCUGGCUCUGCGGUCAGCUCGCCAGGCGAUCGUGAUGACAGACCGCCGGCGUUGCGCAUCCGAUGCCCUGCGCCCCGCGACCUGCCACUCGGUCGGGACAAUGGCCAGAGUGACCGGCUCCUCAUCAGAGGCGGACGCAUCAUCAACGAUGACCAGUCCUUCUAUGCUGACGUCUACCUGGAAGAUGGACUCAUAAAACAAAUAGGAGAGAACCUGAUUGUUCCUGGUGGAGUGAAGACCAUUGAGGCCAAUGGACGAAUGGUCAUUCCGGGGGGCAUCGAUGUCAACACUUACCUGCAGAAGCCCUUCCAGGGCAUGACCUCAGCUGAUGACUUCUUCCAGGGCACUAAAGCGGCACUGGCAGGUGGAACCACAAUGAUCAUUGACCAUGUUGUUCCUGAACCUGGGUCCAGCCUGCUGACUUCCUUUGAGAAGUGGCAUGAAGCAGCAGACACCAAGUCCUGCUGUGACUAUUCCCUUCACGUGGACAUCACAAGCUGGUAUGAUGGUGUUCGGGAGGAGUUGGAAGUGCUGGUACAGGACAAAGGUGUCAACUCCUUCCAAGUCUACAUGGCAUAUAAGGACCUGUACCAGAUGUCCGACAGCCAGCUGUACGAAGCCUUCACCUUCCUUAAGGGCCUGGGAGCUGUGGUCUUGGUCCACGCAGAAAACGGAGACUUGAUAGCUCAGGAACAAAAGCGGAUCUUGGAGAUGGGCAUCACCGGUCCUGAGGGUCAUGCUCUGAGUAGACCUGAGGAGCUGGAGGCCGAAGCCGUGUUCCGGGCGAUUGCCAUUGCAGGCCGGAUCAAUUGCCCUGUGUAUAUCACGAAGGUCAUGAGCAAGAGUGCAGCGGACAUCAUCGCGCUGGCCAGGAAGAAAGGCCCUCUUGUCUUCGGUGAGCCCAUCGCUGCCAGCCUGGGGACCGAUGGCACCCACUACUGGAGCAAGAACUGGGCGAAGGCAGCUGCAUUUGUGACCUCCCCUCCCCUGAGUCCAGACCCCACCACUCCUGACUACUUGACCUCCUUGCUGGCCUGUGGAGACUUGCAGGUCACAGGCAGUGGCCACUGUCCCUAUAGUACCGCCCAGAAAGCUGUGGGCAAGGACAACUUCACUCUGAUCCCUGAGGGCGUCAACGGCAUAGAGGAGCGGAUGACUGUUGUCUGGGACAAGGCAGUGGCUACCGGCAAGAUGGAUGAGAAUCAGUUUGUCGCCGUCACCAGCACCAACGCAGCCAAGAUCUUCAACUUGUACCCAAGGAAAGGACGGAUUGCUGUGGGCUCUGAUGCUGAUGUAGUCAUCUGGGACCCAGACAAGAUGAAGACCAUAACAGCCAAAAGCCAUAAAUCAACUGUGGAAUACAACAUCUUUGAGGGCAUGGAGUGCCACGGCUCACCUCUGGUGGUCAUCAGCCAGGGAAAGAUAGUUUUUGAAGAUGGAAACAUCAGCGUCAGCAAGGGCAUGGGCCGCUUCAUCCCUCGGAAGCCGUUCCCAGAACACCUCUACCAGCGUGUCAGGAUCAGGAGCAAGGUUUCCGGGUUGCACGGUGUUUCCAGGGGAAUGUACGAUGGUCCUGUGUAUGAGGUGCCAGCUACACCCAAACAUGCAGCUCCUGCUCCGUCUGCCAAAUCUUCACCUUCCAAACACCAACCCCCGCCCAUCAGGAACCUCCACCAGUCCAACUUCAGCUUAUCAGGUGCCCAGAUAGAUGACAACAAUCCAAGGCGUACAGGCCACCGCAUCGUGGCGCCCCCUGGUGGCCGUUCCAACAUCACCAGCCUCGGUUGACAGAUGAGCCAGCUACGCAAGAGUGAAGGAUUCUGGGAAACUGUCCAUUCCUUUUCCUGUCUGUGUUUUUGAAGCCCACAGUUUUAGUUGGUACUGAUGGAGGGGAGAUUGAGUUGAUGCUCUUUCCUUCUCUGUUUAGGAAGAAGUGGUACUAGUGUGGUGUGUUUGCCUGGAAGUUCCUUGCCCACAGUGUGUGUUCACACCGACUCCACCUCAGAGCAUGGUGUCUCCAUUUUCCCUUCCUAGUGAUCCCCAGGUGUAGCAUCGUCCUAUACCGUCCCCUCCACUCCUCCACGACCCUCUGAGUGAUGGUUCCUUUGCGCCCUGUAGCUGUUCUAGGAUAGGAUGCAUGUUAGUAAGUUACGUAUGCAAGUCUGAGCGCGGCUGAUGGAUAUCGCCGAGGACCGACGUAGACACGAUGCCAAGACCUUAGCCCCCAGGGGAGACUCCCAAACUCUUAAAAAUGAAGGCUCUGCCCUCAGAGUCUUCAGUGGAAGGAUGUCAUCCCCAUCCCCACCCUGACUGAGACCUGUGAAUAUGCAGAAUGGCAGGGAAGCCUUCCACCUGGUCAUAGAGUUUCAUCACCCACGUCCUGCGUCCGCAACCUGGUCCCUGUACCUGGCCAUGGUGUCUUUCUGGUCUGUGUGUUCUUCCAGCCAGCCUUGGUCUUUGGGCCCAGCCAGGCUCACACCCAGAAAGCAGUGUCCUGACACACCCCUCAAGCCUGAGGACGGAGGGGUAACAGCUCUGCCCAGGCUGCCUGAGUCCCUGUCCCUCCGAGGAGGUCAGCGGGGCAGUCAGAUUUUUAAAGUUUUGUACAGUUUUCCUUUGUAUUCACUUCCAUUUUUACUUAAUGACUGACUUGUUGGUGGCUCUUAUUUCUGAAUUCAAAGCUUGUGAAAAAAAAUAAAGAAAUUAAAUUGCCCGUU